GCUUCAUUGUAAACUAGAGAUAUCCAGUAACAAAGAUGGGUAUUAUUUAUCAUGUUUAUAUUGUUUUGUCGUUUUCAUUAUUUGGAAGCAUUUCCACAUCGCUUGAAUAUAACAAGAGAUUGCCACCAGUUGCCUUUGACUCGGCCAUUAGUGAGCUCCCUCACCUGAAGUUUGAGACCAUCACAGUAAAUAAAGGGCGACAUAGAACUUAUAUUAAAGCUAACGCUAAAAUGAACAAAAAGCAAUAUUUCGACUAUCGUUCUACGUGGUUUGUAGAUAACAUUCCUGUCCAAUCUUUUUACAUUAAGAACAAGGAUUUCAUGUCCACUGGGAAUUCAGUGAAAUAUGUUGAUGAUGGCCGUUUGAUUUCAUUCGAUCUAUCAACUUCUUUGACUCCAGCUGAUAUUGCAAACAAAACAUUUAAAAUUAUUGUCAGAUACAAGCAUGAUGAAUUUUUAUACUUAAAAAAGAAAAAGGAAACAAGAAAUUUCUACAGCUAUCAGAACUUUGAAAUUACAUUCAAAGGUUCUGACUUGGGUUUCACUGAUGCUACCUCUUCACAAACAUAUAACCUUGAGAACUUUGAGUUUUUCCUAGCUAAGCAAUCGAGUACACGGAAAUACAGAGGCAUGUUUGGUUUCGCCCACGACUCUGACAGUUCUGUUAAUGAAAUCACGACGUCGUUUGAAGGAUUUGGAAUCAAAACAAAACCACCCAGGUAUGUGUAUAAUAUAGCCAAACAGGAUGGCAAUACAACACUUCUAAGCUUUUCAGAGAUCUCAGUUCCGCCAUUGUCCAACAAGCUAAAGGUUGUCAAUAUUGAUUUAGUGGAGGACACCAAGAAAGAGUUUCAUGGUUUGUUCAAAGUAACAGUUUCUACAACUAACCGGUUUAAAGUAGAUAUCAAGUAUGUUUUUGAACUAACAAGCUAUCUUUACAAUGGUAUAAGCCUCAAAGAGCCUUUCAUUCCUCUCACUGGAUUAAUCAUAACAAAUUUUGAGGAAAGUGGUAAUGCAGAAAAGACUACAUUAAUUUGCAGAGUAUUUGGUUUUAGAAAUGCCAAAGUUAAAUUAUUCCUACAAACAACAAAGUCUGACGAAAGAGAAGAAGUUACUAAGAAUGUAAUUCCUACCUACAAUGAAUAUGAAACAGUGCUAACGCUAGUCUUUGUGGAAAACAGUGACAGACAGGCUGGGACAUAUUUUUGUGUAGCAACUUGUUCAGACGGAGAAAAAGUGUUCAAAGUCGAAAAAAGAAGAACUUUGUUUUUGAAAUAAAUAUGUUGGUACUUGAAUAGUACCUCAUGCCAAAGUCCGACUUAUAAAAUAAAUAAUAUUAAA